AAAAGGCGAGGAGGAGGGGGGAAGAGGAGCACCAGAUUGUACCUCUGAGAGGGGAGCAUCUGUCACUCUCCAUCUUGUUCUCAGACCUAGCCCAGCCCUGCUGAGGAGUGGAGAGACCAUCCAGACCAGCUACUGCUGCAUCUCAGCCUCCAAGCUUGGCUUCAGCUCUAAGAACUAACAAUGGGAGCAAAGUUAAGCAAGAAGAAAAAGGGCUAUUGUCUUGGCGCUGGUAAAGAUGGAGAAUCUACAGAAACAACAGAAGUUGAACAAAAAGAAACAGAAAAUCAGGAUGGGCAAAAAGAUGCUGCUGAGUCAAAUGGAGAAAAACCCUCUACAGACCAAACUGGGACCAGUGGUGAAGAACAGGUAGCUGAGGCAGAGAAGCAGAGUGUGGAAACGCCAUCGGUUGAAAGUACCAAAGAUGACUCUGAUUCCAAAGUGGACAAAAUGCCAGAAACCAAUUCUAGUGAAACACAAGUGGAAAAGGUUGAGUCAAGUGAAAGUUCACAAGUCAAAACCGAAAAUACUGAAUCUUGCUCAAGUACAACUCAGGAAAAGGCCUGUGAUGGGACAAAAGGAAAUGAAUCAACUGUAGAAAAGUCUCCAAUUGCUCCGGUGCCACAAAAAAUUGAAGAGGCCCCUGAUGGUUUGAAAUUGUCAGUUGGGCCUCAAUGCUCUGAAGUAAAAGAUGAGGCUGUUAAAGAAAGUAAGGAAACCGAAGAUCAUGUGGCUCCAGUGGAAAAAAAUCCAGUUCAAGAAACUGCGGCUGCAGAUGUCCACGUGAUGCCUUCUGAAACCUCCAAACCAGUUGCUGAGCUGGAAAAGCAACCAGCAACUGAACACACAGAAACUGAGCCUAAGGAAACAAACACAGUGCCUGAUCCAGUUCAUGAGGAAGUUAUUAAGGAGGAAGUAGACAACUUGCAGAAUUCUUCCAUACCAGAGUCUGCAUCAGACCACUCCAAACCAGAACCUGUGCAAGAUACCCAGUCAGUUGCAGACGUGGCGAAAUCUGAGCAUGUCCAUGAAUCCAUCCAGGUGACCGGUGCAGAAAAGCCUGAGCUGCCACCAGAUUCAGUGGAGGAGCCAGUAAAGUCUGAGCAGGUUCAGGAGGCUCCCAAUGAGCUAGAUGCUGCGGAAAAAGAAACGGUAGUUGCUGUAGCAGAAGAGCAUUCUGAUGUAGAUGGCAAGAUUGAACCCAAGGAAGAAGCUGAACAGCUGCCACCAAUUGUGCCAGAGCCAUCUGUGCUGAUUGAGAAUGGCAUUGAUCAGAAACCAUCAGAAUGUGAGAGUCAGGUUGGUGACAUACAAAAUAGUCAGGUAGAAAAUGCUGAAACUAACACGCAGCCACCUAAGGAGGCCACAGAAGAUAAAGCUGAAGAUGUACAGGACUUGAUAAGCCAAAAUGGUCCUACUGAGCAAUGUGUUUCUUUACAAGAUGAAUUGAGUGCCUCUACAGACCAUGGAGCAGAAGGUUUGAAAAUGGAAGAAAACAAGGAAGUUGAACAAAAUGUUACUAUACCACAGCAAGCUGUUCCUGAUGGCAAAGAAGGUGAUGGAGAUAAAACGGACGUUCCAGCAGAGCUAUCAAAUCAAGAAAACAACCAAACUGUUUCAAACCUUGAGAGUGUGACAAAUACAGCCCCGGAAUUGUUAGCCACUGAUGUUCCUGAUCACAGUGUCAAUAUGUUAUUAGAAGAGGAAACUCUGAACCACCCAAAGCCAGAUGAAGAAUUGGGAAAGGAAAAGGGGCCUUCUGAUAAUCAACAGACAAAUGAUAAACACCUGGUCAGCAAUGGCCUCCCUAUCAAAGAAGAAAUGAAACUGAAAGAAGACGUAGAAAAUGAAUCUGACAAAGCAAUUAGUGAUCUAAAUGGGCAAAAUCAUGAAAUUGUGUGUAGUGAAUAAUGGCAUGGAUGUAUCUUUAUCAAAUGUGAAAUACAAUAAUAAUUCUUCAACCUGAUGUACUGUAUACAUUGUCAGUGACCAAACAUCUUCAUCCAAAUGUAACAAAUUCGAAAAAUGUAACAAAUCUUGCCCCCCAGUUCUGUUAUGUAGCAACCAAACACAUGUGUUUUUAAAUACUGCGGCAUUUUCUUCAUAACUUCUGGUGCAUAUGAAAAUUCCUAUUUAUAAUUCAUAUUUUCUAUCUCUUCACUGGACCAAGUAAUGUCUGUCGCAAAGAAAUUAUUCUAUUAAUUGGCACCAGGAAUUUUACCAACACCCCCGUGCAAUGAUCUUAACUCUGUGUUCAGAUCAAAAUGUCUUAAAACGCAUGAAUUUAACAAUGUUUUCCACAAAUAAAAUUUCAUACUAUUUA